CUCCACUGCUCUUUGCUUCCGUCGUUCUAUAGCGGCACUCAUUUCAAUCUCAGCUGCUUCUCCUUCUCUCUCCGUAGAACUCUACCAGGAGUGGGAUUUCGGCGCCGGAGCUAGGGUUUGCGAUGGGUGAGGGGAUCACAGACGAGCGUCCGCUGGUCUGCGAUUACUGCUCAGAGGCGACGGCUGUGAUCUAUUGCAGGGCGGACACUGCUCGUCUCUGCGUCGCCUGUGACCGGCAAGUCCAUGGAGCUAACGCGCUCUCCUGGAAGCACGUACGGUCCCAGAUCUGCGACAAAUGCGGUGAUGCUGCAGCAAUAGUGAGGUGUUCGGCGGAGAAGCUCGCUCUUUGCCAGGAGUGCGAUUUAGAUGUCCACUCAGCUGUCGCUGACACGGGCGACGGGCACAGGCGCGUUCCUAUUGAGGGAUUCUCCGGCUUCCCCUCUGUCGUGGAGCUUGCCGCUUCGUGGGGUAUCGAACUCGACUUGAAAGACUCUGUGGAGUGCGGGGAACAGCUUAUGUUUGCUGGUUUGGGUACAAUCGAUUCGGUUUUUGCCGACCUAUAUGUGCCUUGCUUCUCCAACGGCAGUAGAGGUGGGAAGAGAAAGCCGGCUGUGGUGCAGCAGCUAGAAGAGAUGGCGAGGCGGGAUUCUUCUUCAGAGGCAGCUAGCAAGCUGAGUCCGAGGACGCCGUGCCGGAGCGCAACUGGUUGUGGUGGCGGUGAUGAGGAUUGCCAUAGCGUGCAGCAGCUGCCAUUCGCGUCUUUGCUAAUGAUGGCACCGUCAGACUGUGCGGAUCUAAAGGAAAAUCAUCGGGUUGUGGAGGAGGGUGAUCUGAUCUGGGGCUGUGGACCUAGCGACCACGCUUCUCAGAUAUGGGAUUUCAAUCUAGGACGGUCUAGGGAGCACAAUGUGUCUUCUCCACUUGAUGAUGGCCAUGCUGGAAACAAUUCGGGUUUUAUGAUUAAGAGUUAUAGUGAGCUUCUUAAAGAGAGAACUUUUACAAAUACGGAAAUUCUAGAAGGCUUCUAUGAGAAAAACUGCCCUUCGUCAAAUGAGGAUGUUUCUUCUACUAAUAACAUUCAUCACAUGCCAUGUCAAAAACUCGGGGCAGCAGCUAGCAUGCUAGGCAAGUGGAAAGGCAAAAAAGGCAACUCAAUACUUAAUGGACCAUCCUCUAGCAAUAAUUUACCCACCAUAUCUUGUCCUGCAGUUUCUUCUUCGCUCAAUCCAGGACGUGGUUCCAUUAGCAAGGAGAUUUCCUUUGGUGAACAGCCCCUCGUUAGAACUGAGCUUGUGAAUUCAUUCAAGAAGGUUGACACCCAACUCCUGGCUGAGAAAAGGGGAACCGCCAUGCAGCGUUACAAAGAGAAAAAGAAAACACGAAGGUAUGAUAAGCGCAUAAGGUACGAGUCCAGGAAGGCGAGAGCGGACAUCAGAAGGAGAGUUAAAGGUCGAUUUGUCAAGUCUUCUGAGAAUGUGGAUGAUGAGAAUCAUGGCUAGAGACAAAGAUUGAUCAAACUAUGUAUGUAUAUAUUUGUGAUUGUUUUUUUGUCUUUUUUAUUGCUGUUCAUGAUUGGUGCUAUAAAAAUGCCUUUGAAAUUCGAGAGAGUCGAGAGCUUUUGCUGUUGUUUUAUAUACCAUUUGUUAAAUGAUGUAUUCCAUGAAUUAAAUGAUUGGUGCUAA